AUGACAGAACCUAAGAACCAGCAAGUUCUACACGACAUCAACGGGAAGAUUGAAAGAGAAAAGAAACUUAUUCAAGGAUUCCAAGCUUUGAAACGAAACACUGAUAAUGCAGAGGUUAUUCAAAGAUGUAAUAACCAGAUCAGAGAGACACAGUCCAAUAUAGACUACCUUCAGGAGACAUUGUCUAAGCUUUCGUUACAACAAGGCGCCAACGAAGCAGAACUGCGUACGAAAGAAGCAUCGACGGGAUCAGGCAACAAACCUGUAUAUUCAAGAUUUGAUUUAAUCAAGUAUGAUUGCCCUUCGCUUGGGCAUAGAAUUCUGUACAUGUUGCAACAGUUGCAAUUUAAAUUACAGGUGGAAAAUCAAUAUCGAGAGGCCAACGAAAAGAUUGCUCAUUUAUACAAAUUAGAUGGAGAUAAAUCGAGCAGUAUUGUUGCUGAUACUGGCCGUUUAGAGAGUGAUCAAAGGAUUCAAUUACUUAAUAAAUCGUUAAAAAGGUAUCAAGACAUGCACAUUGAUGUCGAAGAUGUCACUCGUGAUAUGGAGAUCAUGAAUACUCCCAAAUAUGCCAGAAAGGCAUUCAGUGGUAAAUUAACCAUUAGCGUUACUUGCAUUAGAGAUAUUGAUCAUAUUGCGUCUCCAGUAUUUUCAAAGAGGCCGGAAUCAGUUGUUUCUAUCAAAAUAGAUGACGUGGAAAGAGCUAAAACUCGUGGUUCUCGCUCAGGCAAAUGGAAUGAAGAGUUUCAUAUUGACAUUGAUAAAGGAAACGAAAUUGAAUUUUCAGUUUAUGAUAAGUCUGGCUCUGUCUUAGUACCAGUGGCUGUUACAUGGGCAUUACUUUCUGAUAUAUCAGAAGAAAUUCGUAAGAAAAAGGUCGCUCAAGAAGAAGGAAGCGAAGGUUGGGUUUCAGCAUCCAACUUACCAAACAACAAUAACAAACAGCACAGUGAUAAUUAUCCAUCUAGCUCCAGUUUGGGGGUAAGCAAUGCCACAUCUACAUUUAACGGUAGUUCUACUCAUUACAAUUCUAAUAUUGCUGAAAAUAUGAAUUCACCCCCUUCUGUUGAAGCUAAGCAAGUUCAAAUCAACACUUGGUUAAGCUUGGAACCAGUGGGUCAAAUUCUCGUUAGUGUAAGUUUAGAUAAAUCAAAUCAAAUCGGGAAUAGACAAUUUAUGGGGGCUCUUGGUCGUCAUGGUGCUAUUCGUGAGAAGAAAGAAGAAGUCUUCAAACAACAUGGACAUCAGUUUGUUCAAAAACAGUUUUAUAAUAUUAUGUGUUGUGCAUUUUGUGGAGAGUUUUUGCGUUAUACUGGAUUUCAAUGUCAAGAUUGUAAGUUCCUUUGUCACAAAAAAUGCUUUCAAAAGGUGGUUACGAAAUGUAUUUCUAAAUCAAGUAAUGAUAUCGAUCCCGAUGAAGCAAAAUUAAACCACCGUAUUCCACACAGAUUUGAUCCAAUUACGAAUCAUGGUACAAAAUGGUGUUGCCAUUGUGGUUAUAUCUUGCCUUGGGGACGUAAAAAUGUCCGUAAAUGUUCUGAAUGUGGUGUUAUGUGCCACGCUCAUUGCACACAUUUGGUUCCAGAUUUCUGUGGUAUGUCUAUGGAAAUGGCAAAUAAAAUUCUCACUACUAUAAAAUCAACAAGAACUCCAGGAAAGCCGUUACCACCUCCACCAGCCGCCCCUAUCAUCAGUCAACCAAACGUUUCAUCUGAAGCAUCUAAAUUUUCAAGUUCAACGUCUGAUUCGAAGUCAGACACUUUGCAAAAUAUUUCUGAUGAUGAACUAGAGAAAGAGUAUGCCUCAAGAUUACCAACGGAAACUAAAAAUCAAUUCCAGAAACCAAUAGAAUCUCAAUUUAAGCCAACUGGUAGGCGUCCACCACCAAAUGAUCUUACUAAAGAACCUGGAAAUGAAUUGCAACAGGAACAAUCAGAAUCAUAUGAUCAUGACUAUACUUUCAUGUCAUCGAAAUCGGAUGAUAUGAAACAUGGAAGUUUGGAUACUACUGAAUCUAGAGAGGCAAAGGAAGCAAAUGAACCAACUGAUAUGCAGAUUGACAACCCGUUUGCAAAUCCAAUCGUAAAUGAUAAAUCUCAUUUUAAUAAUUUUGACUAUAAUAAUAACAAGGUUACGGUACCAGAGGUUCCCCAGAAGCCAGAAUAUGAAGAAGCUCCGGUAGAUUAUCAUACUCCACAAAAAUCUCAAGUAACUCAACCAAAGACGGGGGUACCUCAUAAACAAAAACGUCGUAAGAGAAAGAUCGGAUUAGAUGACUUCCAGUUUCUUGCGGUUUUAGGUAAAGGUAAUUUUGGUAAGGUCAUGUUAGCUGAGUCAAGACACACGCUGAAUUUAUGCGCUAUUAAAGUUUUAAAGAAGGACUUUAUUGUGGAAAAUGACGAAGCUGACAGUGUUGCUUCUGAAAAGAGAGUAUUUUUAACCGCAAACAAAGAAAUGCAUCCAUUUUUAUUGAAUUUGCAUUGCUGCUUCCAAACUGAAAAUCGUAUAUAUUUCGUUAUGGAAUAUAUUUCAGGUGGUGACUUAAUGUGGCAUAUUCAAAAAUCUCGUUUCUCUGCAAAGAGGGCUAAGUUCUAUGCUUGCGAAGUCUUGUUGGCUUUAAAGUAUUUCCAUGACAAUGGUAUUGUCUAUCGUGACUUGAAAUUGGAUAAUAUCUUAUUGACUACAAAAGGACAUAUAAAGAUAGCUGACUAUGGUUUAUGUAAAGAAAAUAUGUGGCACAAGAGUACCACUGGUACUUUCUGUGGUACUCCUGUAUUUAUGGCACCAGAAAUUAUUGCAGGAAAGCAAUAUGACAGAAGUGUUGAUUGGUGGGCAUUUGGUGUAUUGCUAUUCCAAAUGUUAUUAUGUCAAUCUCCAUUUAAGGGUGAUGAUGAUGAUGAAGUUUUCAACGCGAUAGAGCAUGAUGAUGUGAAAUAUCCAAUUAGUAUGCCUCGCCAAACUGUAUUAGUAUUACAAGCCUUAUUAACAAAAGAUCCUGCUAAUCGUCUUGGUAGUGGUGAAAGAGAUGCAGAAGAAAUCAUGGAACAUCCUUACUUCCAAGACGUUAAUUUUGAUGACAUAUUAAAUUGCCGUAUUCAAGCACCAUAUUUGCCUGAGGUUUCAUCUGAACAUGAUUAUUCGAACUUCGAUCAAGAAUUCACAUCGGAAACCCCAAGAUUAACACCAGUUGAAACAGUUCUCACAUCUGAAAUGCAAGAACAAUUCCGUGGCUUCUCACACAUUUCAGAAGGGGCAGCUAUCUAA